AUGGGCUCGUCGAACAACACCCCACUGAUACCUCGAAGGCCAACGAAGAAAUCAGCUAGAAACCUGCCUGUGAUCCCGCACAACCAUGGCAGCAAUUCUAAUUCGACGGUGGGCUCCAGCAAGAAGGAGAAGCUAGUUGACGGAUCAACCAAGAUAGAAGACUUGAGAUUGGAAGAACGCGUGCCGGGGGCUGCCAAUGUAACAAGCGAAAGGGAUAGCCGUGGUGAAAUCGAUUUCACGGAAGCACCGGUCGCUACAUCCACUGAAACCGAAACCGAAAACGAAGCAGACGAUAUCGAAUUGAAGUCAAUUGGAAGAGAGCUGUAUAGUGGUGGAGACGGAGACGGAGACGGGGAAAAAACUCCAGGAAACUCCACCACGAAGGCGACCUUCAAAUACGACGUCGAGGACAGUGUACCGCAAGAUGACAAUUCGUGUUUUGAUGACGACAUGGAGACGAUCCAGGAAAAACAAGAUCGAGAACAUAUCGUGAGCAGCAGUGACGCGAACCACGCGCCAAGCCAAGAGUCCCCUACUGAGGCGGCCUCAUCUCGAAAUGAACAAGCGGUCCCUCUGGAGAAAACGAGUGAAUAUGACCUAUUGGAAUUGUACAGUGCAGAAGACGAAUCUGCUGAGCUUGAUCCGCACGAGAAGGCAGCGUCAGACUCUGCUCUUGAUGAAACUAAAGUUGAAGAAAAAUUGCCUGAAAGGGAAGCGGAAAGUCCGCUUUCCGCUAAGAAACCAUUUAUUCCGUCACGUCCUUCCAAAAAAAUAGCUUCCAUUUCGACAGGCUCAGAAACUCCGGAGGUGGCAAAGUCUACUUCUGACAGUCCUGCUACCGGUGAUGCUUCUGAUGGAAAAGUUGCAUGUAAAAGCGGUGCUAUUGACAACGCAACGCAAAAUGCGCAAGAUAAAGACCAAAAUUUGAGUACUCUGGACACAGGAACGACGAGUAAACCGGUGACUGGUUCGCAAAAGACAAGUGUGGUUACUCAAGCUGAACCUACCGUACCUAAGAGACCCAUGAUGAAAAAUUUGGGAUCAAGCGAGCAAAAAAAGCGUCCAAUUGGUGGUUCCGACGUUGAAGGCAGCUCUUUGAGCUCGAAAAAGAACGCUAACCCUGAGCAAGUUCCCAGCCUGGAUGCUGGUGAUGCUGCCAGCGAAACCGCCGACGUUGCUGAAUCUUUGCCUGACAAACCAAUUAUCCCUGGCAGACCGCUUAGAAAUGCAUCGAAACCUGAGGACGAGAAAGAGGAGAAGGAGAAGGAAGAAAAGAAGAAAAACAAUGCUUGCGUUGAAGGUGACCGUAACGAAAUUCCGCAUGAACAGAACCCUCCAAUUCCAGACAAAAGUGGAGAAGUCUCAGGGCAGGAAAUUCUGGACGCAGCAAAAGGCAGCCGUUUUUCCGAUUCCAACCAUGCAACAGGUGAGUCCACUCCCAAAGGACCUACUAUCCCAAAUAGACCGCUGAGACAAAAGCUACCCCCCAGAGAUAGAAAGGAAUUUGACUACAAUAAUAAGGCACCUGAGGACCAAGACUCUCUAUCAGAGGAAAAGAAGGCUGUUGAGUCACCCAAACUUGAAUCUUCUAGCAAUAAAUCUGAAACCGACCUUGACCAUGGUUCUACUGAAGAAAUCGUUUCAUCCACCCCGAUAAAGCCUGUCGUCCCGGGAAGACCGAUUAAAAGAACUACUGGGCUCAAGGACGCGACUACGGCAACUGAUGAUGAGAAACAUCAAGUCCAAGCAACUCUGACAGCUGACCCUCAAGACAAACUGGGCGAUUCAACCAGUGCAGCACCAAAAGAAGUUCUGGAUAUUGCGUCGAACAAACCUUCUACACCAGAGAGACCGGGAUCAUUCGAAGCUAAAGCGAAAAGUAAACCUCCUCCCCCCAAACCCAAGAAAAUGUCGAGCAAAAUUGCCGCAUUUCAACAGCAACUUUUCAACACAACAGGCGGAGGUGGCGGAGCGAGCAAUUUGCAAGACGGUGACAAUUCGGGUCCGCCUUCCCAUUCGCUAAAGUUUCCCUUUGCAAUCGGAGGAAGGCCUCUUCCUGGUAUGGUUAUAAGACCCCAGCCUCAACUUCAGCCUCUGACUCUGACUCUGACUCUGACUCUUACUGAGGAGGACAGAGAAAACGAUGUAGUUCCUGACACGGGUUUGCCCAAAGUAGCAAAAAGAACGAGGGGCCCUAAAGGAAAGAAACUACCCAAGGCCGUGAAGAAUUCAAACGUCGAGCUUGAGGCUUCUCGCGUCGCAGAGCGAGGAAAAUUGUGGUCGUUGUCAUUCUCGAACCCUUCAGCACCAGAUACAAACGAUGAGAAGAUGGAGAAGGUGGCGGAGAAGAGUCAAGAUGAGCCGCUCGUCGCCACCACCGGAGCAGAUCUUCCCCACGACAAAAGUGAACAAGACCAGUCUUCUCUUCUAAAAGAGUAUGAAGCGCUGGAGCCGGCUCUUGAGGAAGAGACAACUGCAGCAAACUCAGCAACAGUUGGUGCAGCUUCCACUAUUGAGGAAGAAACCGGAGACAUACCAGUGGGUAAAGUGGAACGGGAGGAGAAGGAGAAAGAGAAAGAAGAUCAAGGAACAAGCAAAAACGUGCUCGAAGAGUUGGCUGAUAGUUUUCAGCAUCCAGCCGAGAAAGUGCCGGCCAAAGACGACGACGAUGAUUUGAAAGUGGAUAGAAGUGACUUCAACGAGCCAGAAUCGGUGGAGUCUGGCGAAAGCAUUUUUGCAAAAAGCGAUGGGGCCGGCGCAAACGCAUACCUUGUUGAUUCCAACCCGUCCGAGGGAGAUGUGCAACAAGAGAGUGAGAGUGAACCGCAUUGA